AUGAAUGAAUACGGUUGCAACGUAUGCAACGAGGAGUAUUCCAUCCAGAACCCCAUGAAAUGUCCGCGUGUUCUAACCGGUUGUGGACACACAAUAUGCUAUAAGUGUGCAAUGGAAAUCGCCGGCGGUGGACUCCAGAUUCUAUGCCCAUUCGACCGGACGUCUACAUUGAUUCCUGGCGGAGAUCUGAAAACGUUGAAAAAGAAUUUCGCAUUGUUGGAAUUGUUGGAAAGAAUUGCCGAUGGUGGUGGGAUAUUGGAGAAUGCAGAGGGGGGAGGACUGAAAUUCGAUCGAUAUUCAAAGGAGAGACUUCUAAAUGUGAAAUGUGAUGAGGAUUCAGAACACGUUGCAGUACUGUUUUGUACAGUUUGUGAUAGUAAUCUGUGCGAGAGAUGCUCCGAAGACUCCCACUCAACCAACGUUCUCUCCAAACACCGCCGAGUGCCUCUCACCGAGAAACCCGCUCCACAAGUCCACUGCCGCCUCCACUCCUCAUACAUCGUCGAAUUCGUCUGUAAAGAAGUGUCCUGUGACAACGAAAGUCCCCUGAUGUGUCUGAUGUGCAGAGAUUACGGUAGACACAAAGGUCACUGUCACGUGUUGAUAGAGAAAGAGGUGGAAGAUUUGAGAGAGAAGAUUCGAGAACACUUGGGAGAGUUGAAGACACAAUCGGAUAUUGUGGGAAACGCGCUGGACUCGAUCAAUUCGACGAUACAUGAGUUGACACCGGGAUAUGAUGAUGGAAGUUUAGAGGAGACGAAACAAGAGAUCCGCGACCAUUUCCAACGUCUUCAUUCAACACUCGAUAGAGACGAAGGCACCGCUCUAGACACCCUAAACCGUUACGCUCACAACCGAGUGGAAAAUCUGCAAACACAAAGAGAACGUCUAGAAGCAGUCAACUCAAAAAUUGGCACUACAGUGACGACACUUCAGAAGGCGUUGGUCAUGGAGAAGGGGAAUAUUCUGGAUAUGAAGGAUGAUCUGCUGGCAUUGGCGGAAUCCACGACAGCGGAGAGGACUGAAGUUCCAGAUCGAUCUCAACUGAGGACGAGAAUCGCGUUCUCGUUUUCGAGCGAUAGAAAAUUGCAUAUUGGGGAUUUCAUUGAGGCUAGAGUGGUUUUAUUGGGACUCGACGGCGCCGGUAAGACCUCAAUCGUUCGUCGCCUCAAAAAAGUGCGUGCUGACGCAGUAAUGGCUCCGUACCCAACGAGUGGAUUCAACAUUGAAACAAUCCACUACAAGAACUAUCGUCUGAACGUGUGGGACGUCGGAGGACUGCCGAAACUCAGACACCUCUGGAAACACUAUUAUUCGAAUGCUCAAGCGAUCUUCUAUGUGAUCGAUGGGCACGCGGUGGAGAGAUUCUCAGAGGCUGUGAGAGAGCUCAGCAAGGUUAUGAGUGAUCCGUUGGUUAGCACAUGUCCAGUGGUUGUGGCGGUUAAUAGGAAGGACGGGAACGUCCUCAACGGUCAUAUGGACGCCUUGAUGUCUCAACUCGAAUCCCUCCCCUUCCAACAUCAUCUUCAUUUCUGUGACGCCGCCAAUGGCUCGGGAAUCGAUCAAAUUAUUGAUCAGAUUACUGUAUAUCUCAGUCAAUUGAAUGGCACUUGUCCUGUAUAA